CUGGGGACCUCAGCCAGGCUGAUGUUAAAGUAAUGGAUUCCAAAGAAUUGCUUAACUCCUCAGAUCAAGACGAAGCAAGGAAAAAUGCGCUCAUCAGUACCAAAGGAGGGAUUGUGAUGGACUUUCAUCCACCCUUCAGGGGUGGAGCUACUGUACAAGCCCCUGGACCUACGUCUCCUCUCCCUGUGUCUUCUCAGUCAGAUUCCAAUCAGCAAUCUGCUUUGGCUGACUUUUCAAAAGGAUUAGUAAACAAUGUGCCUCAGCCAGAUCUUUCCAAGGCAGUAUCGCUGUCAAUGGGACUGUACAUGGGUGAAACAGAUGCAAAAGUGAUGGGAAAUGACCUUGGAUUUUCGCAGCAGGGCCAAACUGGCAUCUCUUCUGGAGAAACGGACUUCAGGCUCCUGGAAGAAAGUAUUGCAAGCUUGAACAAGUCCUCUAGCUUGGCAGAGGACGCAAAGGGAGCAAUAUCUUCCGAGGUGCCACUGGAGCAGGAUUUUUCGGUCAUGGCUAGCCGCAGUGUACCUUUAGAGUCAGGAACUUCAGUCCAAAGCCAAGUUGGCUCUAAUGGUGGCAACUUGAAAUUAUUCUCCGAAGACCAAAGCACCCUGGAUAUUCUCCAGGACUUAGAAUUGCCACCAGUUUCACCUGGCAAAGAGCCAAAUGGGAGCCCAUGGAGGCUUGACCCACUGCUGGAUGAUGGCGGUUUGCUGUCCCCCAUAUCCGCAGAUGAAGCGUUCCUCCUGGAGGGAAAUCUGGGUGAAGACUGCAAGCCUCCUAUUUUACCUGACACUAAACCUAAAAUUAAUGACCGUGGUGACCUUUUACCCAGUCCCAAAAUGCCAAUGCCUCAAGUGAAGACGGAAAAGGAAGACUUCAUUGAACUGUGUACUCCUGGCAUAAAGCAAGAAAACAUGGGCCCAAUUUAUUGUCAGGCAAAUUUCUCUGGGUCUAAUCUACUGGGUACUAAAGUCUCUGCCAUAUCUAUCCAUGGUGUCAGUACCUCUGGGGGACAGAUGUAUCACUAUGAUCUAAAUACUGCAUCGCUCUCUCAGCAGCAGGAUCAGAAACCAAUUUUUAAUAUCAUUCCAUCUCUUCCUGCCGGUUCAGAAAAUUGGAAUAGGUGCCAGGGAUCAGGAGAUGAGACUCUAGCUCCUUUGGGAACGCUCAACCUUUCUGGCAGACCUGCUUUCUCUAAUGGCUAUUCAAGCCCUGGAAUGAGAUCAGAUGUAAGUUCUUCUCCAUCCACAACCUCAGCAACUACGGGACCACCUCCCAAGCUUUGUCUGGUUUGCUCUGAUGAGGCCUCUGGGUGCCAUUAUGGUGUUCUUACUUGUGGCAGCUGCAAAGUGUUCUUCAAAAGAGCUGUGGAAGGACAGCACAAUUAUCUGUGCGCUGGAAGAAACGAUUGCAUUAUUGACAAAAUCCGGAGGAAAAACUGUCCAGCUUGCCGCUACCGGAAAUGUCUUCAAGCUGGCAUGAACCUAGAAGCUCGAAAAACAAAGAAGAAGAUAAAAGGAAUUCAGCAGGCUAAUGUAACGGGAACGAGGGAUGCUUCUGAAAAUGCUGGAAACAAGAGCAUAGUUCCUGCAUCACUGCCACAACUAACCCCUACCCUUGUUUCCCUGCUGGAAGUCAUUGAACCAGAAGUUCUGUAUUCAGGCUAUGACAGCACUCUACCUGACUCAAGCUGGCGUAUACUGUCAACUCUCAACAUGCUAGGAGGACGGCAAGUAGUAGCUGCAGUAAAGUGGGCAAAGGCAAUACCAGGUUUCCGAAAUUUACACCUGGAUGACCAAAUGACCCUUCUGCAGUACUCAUGGAUGUUCCUGAUGGCUUUUGCUUUAGGAUGGAGAUCCUAUAAACAAUCAAAUGGAAAUCUCUUGUGCUUUGCACCAGAUCUCAUUAUUAAUGAGCAGAGAAUGAAUCUACCCUGUAUGUACGAACAAUGCAAACAUAUGCUUAUGGUUGCCCGAGAGCUAUCCCGCCUUCAAGUUUCAUAUGAAGAGUAUCUUUGCAUGAAAACAUUACUUCUCCUCUCUACAAUUCCUAAGGAAGGCCUGAAGAGUCAAUCUUUGUUUGAAGAAAUUCGUAUGACAUACAUCAAAGAGCUGGGAAAGGCCAUAGUGAAGAGAGAAGGGAACUCAAGUCAGAACUGGCAGCGAUUUUAUCAACUGACUAAACUGUUGGACUCUAUGCAUGAUGUGGUUGAAAAUCUUCUGAGCUUUUGCUUCCAGACAUUUUUGGAUAAAUCCAUGAGUAUUGAGUUCCCAGAGAUGUUGGCAGAAAUCAUCAGCAAUCAGAUACCAAAAUAUUCAAAUGGAAAUAUCAAGAAGCUCUUAUUUCAUCAAAAGUGACUGCCUUAAUUCAAAAGGGUUGCCUUAAGAAAACGUCAGAUGAUAGCUUUUUUUUUUUUAAAAAAAAAAAAAAAGAAAGUAAAAACCUACCAGACUCUAAUUUUGUCCUUGCAGCGGUGUUUCUUUUGUAAUUAUGCACUACAUGUGGUUUACAGAGGGCCAAGAUUUAGGCUAUAGAAGCAGCGGAUUUCUCACAUUCAAGAAAGAGUUGGGGAGAAAGGAAAGGAAAAUAAAUCUUAUUUGUCAGAAAUUAUAUUUCUCCCCCUGUGCAACAACCAUGGAUGCAUCAAAACCACCGGUGACAAGCUCUGAGGCUGUGUUAUGAACAUUCUGCUAAUUAAUUUCUGCAGUUGGCUGGAGACAAUUUUCUAGGCUUUUUUCUUUUUUUCUUUUUUUUUCUCUCUUUUUUUUUUUUUUUUUUUAAGUAAAGCGUUUUGGAUUUUUUUUUUAAAGUUAAGGUAGCAUUUUGGUUUAUGCAUGUAACCUGAAGAAAGUUUACAAGUGUAUAUCAGAAAAGGGAAGUUGUGCCUUUUAUAGCUAUUACUGUCUGGUUUUAGCAAUUUCCUUUAACUUUAUAUACCGUGAAGUAGGCUUGUUCAUUUUUUCUUACAUAAUUUUUUUGUAAUACUUCAAGAUGCCUAUUGUACAGCUGGUUUUUUAAGGUGGGGCAGCUCGUAGCUUUCCUAAAUGACCUCUAGACGUUAAUCCUUGAGUAUAUUCAUGUGAAAAUGGGUUGGACUUUUCUAACCUAAUAGCUUUCAACUGUCAAAGAGACCGUAAAAAUUAGGCAUUUUUUAAGGGUCAGGGUGGGUGGGAGAAUACUCUCAAAUCUAAUUUAAAUAGAUACGAGUGAAAUAAAUACUUUUGGUAUAAGUGCAAAAGUGUUGGAUAUGCAGCUUCUUAGAAAAUUAACCCAGUCCUAACUGGAUGUAAAUGAGCAGGUUAUUUUAUAUAUUAAAAAAAAAAAAAAAGCCUGAUUUUUGCAUAUAAUGCAACAGCCAUAACUUUAAGAGUCAUGGGCUGCAUUGAUGCCAAGAAGAUCAGUCCUGACUGCCCAUCAGGAAAUUUUCAGGAAAAUAUGCAUAGCUUAAGAAAAGUUUACUUCUGUGUGGAGAAACUCACAUUUUCUAUACACUUAAAUCUAUCAUUGUACAAGUAUAUAUGGGAAAAUAUCAUUGACUUAAGAGGCAGACUUGUAAUUAUGCCCAGUGGUUUGUUUUUGUUCUGUUUUUAUUGUAUCAAUUCUAGAAUUUUUUUCUUCAAUUAGAUGUUUACCUUCAUGCAGGCGGUAAAACAGACCAACUGCACUGACUGAUUGUAACUCUCUGGAUAUACGGACUCCAGACUCGUGUGGUUAGACACCCGUUUUCACAUUUUUAUCUGUCACUGAUGGGUUCAUCUUCUUUCCUGGAGAGCAGGAAAAUGCCGCUACUGAUUUUGUGGUCUUAGAAUUGUACGUCAAACUUUCUGUCUUUGUAAGGCUGCAUCCCUUCAUAUCAAAUUACUAGCGUGCCAUAAAUUUACCAUAGGUCUUGUGAAUUUCUCCUUGUUGCCAUUGAUAAUUAUAUUUUAAAACGUUUAGAAGCUGUAGUAGCCUUUUCUACAUGCACCUUAACAAUUUUCUGUAUCUCAAAAUUUAAGUAUUUACUAAGCCACUCUAAAAUUUGAUUUUUACGCAAAGUGGCCAGAUUAUUUGUGUAAUAGAAAUGAGAAAAAUCAUCUGAUAAGAUACAAAACCUAAUAUAUUUUUAUAUUUAGUUAUAGUUUCAAGUAUGUAUAAUCGGUAUAUUCGCUGAUCUGAGAAAAGAAGGGAAGGGCUACUGCAGCUUUAACAGCAAUUUAUUAAAUGACUGUAAAAUAGCUUGUAUAGUGUAUAAUAAGGAUGAUUUUUAGAUGACAGAUUGCUUUAUCAUGAUACAUGUAAUUAUAUUUUUUGUAGGGGUCACAAAGAUGUGGAAUGGUAACCUGUACAAGUUGUGGUUUGUCUGGAAAGUGAAGGCGUUGGUGUUCGCUAUCCAAAGAAGUACUCUGCUUAGAAAGAAGAACUUGUGUUCAGUGGAUGCUUUUAGGGUCGAUUUUACAUUUAUCAAAUCACUGUGUAAAAAUUCGAGUUGGACCUUGGCUGGAAUACUCCUAUCUGUAUGUUUGGUUACCAUUCACAUUUCAUUAGCGAAUCAGACCUCCGCUGCAAAAAAUGUAAGCCGAAAAGAUGCGUGUGUGCGCAUGGAUACAUACACCUCUGACCAUAUGGGGUUAAUUUCAUAUACAGCCUCGCGUACCACAGCAAAAACAGCUUGAGAAAUUUGGCAAUAAUAUGCAUACAGGUACCAGCAAUAUGUAAAUAUAGAGCAUAGGUUGUUCACAAUACACUAGUACAUUUCUAUUGUUCAGCAAAAGUUUGUUUCCAAGUGAAAUAGGAAACUAAAUUUUCAUCCUUUCUUAAAUCUCUUUUUGAAUGUUAUACCUAUUAAGAAAAAGAUACUAUAUUAAGUACUUUGGAGUAAAAUAUCUUUAAUAAAAAAAAGUAAUCAUUCUCUUCUCUUCGAAUGAUCUGUAAAGAAUAUGUACAUUUUGUAACAGUUAAGCUAAACUUCAGUAUUUUAAUUAUAACUUUCAACCCAACUCAAUGAAAGUAUUUAUGCGACUUGUUCAAGAUACAGAUAGGAGUUUCAUACUGUUUGGUUUCAGAAGGGCUCUUCGGCUAAAAGGAGGAGCUGGAAAACUGUUCUUACUUUAGAGCAUGUUUUAAGAAGUUCGACUGGGAAGCUCGAGUCAUCGAUCUCAUUUUAAUCCCCAGAUACCUCAAUUUGAACGAACCUGCGUGAAAGAGCGCAUGCGCGCGCGCGUGGUGGGUGGGUGGGUGCACGCGUGCACGCGCUUGUCUGGGCCUCUGCAUGCACAGCCAUCCGUAUUUUUGUGUGCUGCGUGCCAGCCAAAAAGGAACUACAGUGGACGUGAACAGACUACUGUCACCUGGAGAGAAUUGAUAACAUAGGAGAAGAGAGGCUCUCUACCCCUUUUGGUCUGUAUGCCUGAUAUUCGUUUUUAGUUUAAGGAUUUAAGGAAAAAAAGGAAACUGUGAUGUUAGAAGAAAGCAUUCAUCCUGUAUGUGCUGUUAAGUUUUAAACUUCACAAUUGAAAAUAUGUAGUACUUUAGUAAGCAGUGAAAAGUACAUGUUGUGUGUAUCAGUAGUCCUUGUAGCACUGGGUGAUAUCUGCACUCUGGAUAAAGCAGGGAGAAGUGUGACUUCUGUCUCUUCAGUGCCUUACCACGUAGUGCACGCGUCCGACGGGGGCAUCUGCGGCCGCCGGGCGCGGGCCGGCCGCCCUUGCCCGUUGCACGUGGAAGCCGAUAGGAAUGGCCUUACAUAGGAUAAGCCAGGUCACGGGGACGGAGAGGGGAGGAACCGUGCGUCUCGCCCGGUAUGGUGGUCACCCAAAGCCAAGAGUUACCCACAUCUUAGAUCUCAUGGGGAGCUUUGCGGCUGGAAGGAAGGGAAGGCUGCGGCAGUGAGUCUGGAAACAGCUGCCAGCUUAAGCUUACAAAAACCUCGCCAGCGUCACAAAACCAGGUGGACAGCAGGAGGGAAGCGCCUGGACCAAGGUCAGGUAACUCCUGUUUCCCUUAGUCGUGCUUUGGCGAGCGAGGACGUCGGGGUCGUACCUUGAGAGCGAGAUUUUUUUAAAAGAUUGUACAUAUUAUAUACCAGUUAAGCGCUGCCCUUUGUCCAGCCUGCAACCAGGCGUUGCUGAGCCAUCGUUGUUACAUAGGAAUCAAAUUUUCAGGAAAGGAUUAGAGCCUCUUCGAAACCGCGAGAGGCGUUCGUUUCCUAACGAAAGGCUGUGUGUAUGAAAAUAUCCCCCACCUCCGAACUAACUUGCAUAACAGCGUCAAUUCAACAAUGUGUCAUUACUCUAUUUUGUAUAUUAAACAAAAGCUAUAUAAUGGGGUGGAUCCUAUAUCAUACCGGUGUAUGGCAUUAUUAAAAAAAAAAAAAUCAUUAUUUUUAUCACAGUAAUUUUAAACAGCAUAAAAAAUUAAACCAGUGACUCCUGUUUAAGAAUAAAAGUUGUAGUUUUUUAUUCAUGCUGAAUAAUUCUGUAGUAACAAGUCUGUAGUUUUCACCUACUCAGUGAAAUGUUGGACUGUAAAAGCUUGUGUGGAACUGUUGAACAUUUAUUUUUUCAUUUAAAUUUGCUGUUCUGGUAAUACAAAGCCACACAUCUGUACAUAAGUUGCAGUAAAUGUGAGCCAUUUACAGCAAUGCCGAAUAAUGGACAGAAACCGUAUAAUAAAAUUCUGCUUUUUUCAUUAAA